UCGUUAUCAUGCCUGAAACCACCGUGAAAGCGCCCAAGAAGGGCUCAAAGAAAGCCGUGUCUAAAAGCGUCAGCAAGACCGGCAAGAAGAAGAGAAGGACCAGGAGGGAGAGCUACGCCAUCUACGUGUACAAGGUGCUGAAGCAGGUCCACCCCGACACCGGCAUCUCGUCCAAGGCCAUGGGCAUCAUGAACUCGUUUGUGAGCGACAUCUUUGAGCGCAUCGCCGGUGAGGCCUCCCGUCUGGCUCACUACAACAAGCAGCUGGCUCAUGAAGCCCUUUGCGGACACUGGCAGAUUGACCUCUGA